GUGUGAGGAUGAAGAUUAAGAAUAGAAGAAGAGAGAGGAGGGGGAACUGGAACAGGGAGGUGAGGAGGAGGGAGAGGAGGAACUGGAACGGAGAGGUGAGGAGGACAGAGAGGAGGACCUGGAACAGGGAGGCGCAGAGGAGAGGGCUGGGGCAGGAUGAGAAGAAGAAGAAGAACACUGUCAAUGAGUCUUUUUUGGGGUUAAGUGCUGUGAAGGACACAACUGGGAAAGGCCUAAGAUACACUGACAGACUACUGGAUAAUCUGGGGUUGGUACUGGCUAAUUGUAGGGGGCAAAGUUAUGAGAAUGGCUCUAAUAUGAGGGGAAUCCACAAGCGUGUCCAGAGGCUCUGUUCAUCUCCGGCUAACAAUCUUUACGGUGACUCUGUAGAAAGUGGUGAGGAUGGAUGGAUUGAGGUGGGCCCUCUUCCACCACCACAGGAAGUGCAGUUGCUGGUGAGCCUUUUUAAUAGGGAGGAGUGCAGGUCCCAGAAGAAGAGAGAGGAGGGGGAACUGGAACAGAGAGGUGAGGAGGAGGGAGAGGAGGAACUGGAACGGAGAGGUGAGGAGGAGGGAGAGGAGGACCUGGAACAGGUAGGUGAGGAGGAGGGAGAGGAGGAACUGGAACAGGGAGGUGAGGAGGAGGGAGAGGAGGACCUGGAACAGGUAGGUGAGGAGGGGGGAGAGGAGGAACUGGAACAGGGAGGUGAGGAGGAGGGGAGGAGGAACUGGAACAGGGAGGUGAGGAGGAGGGGAGGAGGAACUGGAACAGAUGAGAAAAAGAAGAACACUAUCAAUGAGUCUUUUGUGGGGUUCAGUGCUGUGAAGGACACAACUGGGAAAGGCAUAAGAUUAAUUGACAGACUACUGGAUAAUCUGGGGUUGGAGCUGGCUAAUUGUAGGGGGCAAAGUUAUGAGAAUGGCUCUAAUAUGAGGGGAAUCCACAAGCGUGUCCAAGCUUUGAUACAUCAGAGGUGUCCAGAGGCUCUGUUCAUCCCUGGCUGUAUAUUGUACACUAUCUUUUCGCCUUCUGUGAAGAGGUGGGAUAUUCUCACAGAAUUUUUUUACAUCACACUGAAGCCCCUGAGUGGCACUAGUUGGGAAGCAAAGCUGGACUCUGUCAAAGCUGAAUGUUUCCAGUUGGGGGGGAUUUUAGAUACACUAGAAAAGCCUGAAGACAUGGCUAAGUCACUGUCUUUUUUAUUUUUUAUUUUGAGGAGAUUGUUAGCAGGGAUUUCCUUGUGUGCCUCUUGGUUUGGACCAGCUCUGAGGUCUGGAGGUCUGGGCUGGUGUCUGUUCAGAGCCUCCGACUCUCCUCUGUCCAUCUUCUGGACCUCAGUCACUCUGAGGAAAGAGAAGAAA